AUGCAUUUUAAAGAAAACUUCUGGGCCUCGCUCACUUCCAUCGUAGGCUUCUUUACCUUAGCACCCUUCAGAGAGCCAGGUAUCCAAGAACAGACUCCCCUAGGGCUUGAGGGGCUUGAGAAACCUUUCGUUCAGAACCCCGACACUAUUUUCGCUGAUCAGCCUGGUCCUAUCUUCAAGCCUCCCGGUGGUGCAGCUACCGGCGAUGGCUCUGAUUUCUUUUGCAAUUACACUCAAAUGAUCAAUUGGGGUGAAUGCUCGACCUCGGAUAAUCGAACUUGCUGGCUUGUCAAGAAUACCGGUGAGAGAUUUGACAUCAAUACCGACUACGAAAAGAAUGGACCGACAGGAGUUGAACGGUACUAUGAGCUAGACAUUACGGAUGACACAUCAAUCAACUUGGAUGGUGUGUUUUUCCGGGGUGCGAAGCUGUUCGAUCGUAAAUAUCCUGGCCCGUGGAUUCAAGCCUGCUGGGGCGACACCGUGACCGUCAAAAUCAACAAUUGGAUGAAAUUCAAUGGCGGUAACGGCACCAGUAUCCACUGGCAUGGCAUACGGCAACUAAAUACAACACACAUGGAUGGCGUGAACGGCAUCACUCAAUGCCCAAUUGCUCCUAGCGACAGUUUUACGUAUAGCUGGAAGGUCCAACAGUAUGGUACCUCGUGGUACCACAGCCACUAUUCAGUACAAUAUGCAGACGGACUCCUGGGUCCACUUACACUCCACGGACCAGCUAUCAUGCCUUACGACGAGGCUGUAGAUCCCCUUUUUAUGACCGAUUGGGGACAUAACAGCGCAUUCGAGUCCAUCCAGACAGGAAAUUUUGGAAACCCAAGCAUCUUGCUAAACGGUAGAGGGAACGCAACUCGCUACAACAGUACCUUGACGCCUCUUGCGGUUACGUCCAACAUACCGACACCUUUCACGAUAUACUUUGAUCCGAAGCCCGUCAACAACAGGGCUAAGCGCUACUUAUUGCGACUAAUCAACACCUCCUUUGCCUCUUCAUUUAUCUUCUCCAUUGACAACCAUACGCUCAAUCCGGUUGGUGCUGACUUUGUGCCAAUUCAUAAUUACAGCACGAAAUCUGUGAUGGUCGCAAUUGGGCAGCGCUAUCAUGUAGUCGUUCAAGCCGAAGUUGAUCCUAACGGAAAACCAAUAGGCGACGAUAAUUUCUGGAUCCGGGCCAAACAAGCCGGAUGUACCGAUUUCAAUCAAAAUCAGCAAGACGGCGGAGACAGAGUUGGAAUUCUGCGAUACACCAAAUCUACAACCGAGCCAACCUCAACGGCAUGGAAUGUGACCCUCAAUUGUACGGAUGAAGUUUAUACGAAUCUGGUACCUGUUGUUCCCUGGACGAUUGGACCGCCAGCAAAUGAUCCUGUCAACAAGGUCGGCGAGAACCUAACUCUGCAAUUUUCACCGACUUCAUCCGAUAUCUUCCCACUUGCCAAGUUCUCGCUGGGAGGCGACACGUUUAACCCCAUGUAUGUCAAUUACGGAGAUCCAAUAUUCUUGAAUUUGAAUUAUUCAGGGAAGUGGGACCCACUCUGGGUCGUGUUCCCAGAGAACCACUUUACUGACAAGGAUUGGGUCUACUUCGUCAUCAAAAGCCCAGGCGCGCAUCCCGCACCCAAAUCCCCGACCCCAAAAGAUACAAGCUCAACAACCCCCACGCCGCGACGUCGUCAUGCUCCCACAAAAAGGCGGCAAUGUCGUCAUCGCCUUCAAAACCGACAACCCGGGGACAUGGAUCAUGCACUGCCACAUCGCCUUCCACGCGUCGUUCGGACUUGCGAUCCAGAUCCUGGAGCGUCAGGAUGUCGCGAAGACGAUUUGGCCGAGCUAUCAGAAGUCGGCGCCGCUGAGGGAGGCGCAAAGGGUGUGUGA